AAGGGGGUGUUGGAUGGAGGCCGCCCCAUUCUUUCCUGUCACAGGGACGAAAAAACACGAAGAUAACCCUUGAGCUUUUCCCACUGAAUCCUUUCAAGCUUCAAGAGUUCGAAGCAUUUCCUAAAGCCCUAAUUAACUCAGAAACGAAUCAAAACAAAUGUUACUCCACUCGACAAUUUCCCAAUCUCCACCACACCCGCAACCCUUAUCCCUUUCAUCAUCAUCCUCUUCCCUCUCUAAUUCUAUCAAUUUCCUUCCCGGAUUUCGCAAUUCACCUCUCAAAAGAGCGCAAUUCAGUUCACUCGUCAUAAGAAACUGUUCUUCGUCAUUAUACGCUUCAAAUGUCUACAACUAUGGCACAGUCGACUACGAAAAGAAGCCAGGAACAACGGUUGCUUGGAAAGCUAUCUACAAGAAGAUUUCGAUGAUGGGUAAUCGUGAAAAGGGAUCUAGCAGUGUGUUGAAUCAAUGGGAGAAUGAAGGCAAAACUACUACAAAAUGGGAGCUUUGUAGGCUUGUGAAAGAAUUGAGGAAGUAUGGUCGUUACAAUCUUGCUCUUGAGGUGUAUGAUUGGAUGAACAACAAACCAGAAAGAUUCAUCAUGUCCCCAAGUGACACUGCAAUUCAACUAGAUUUGAUAUCUAAAGUACAUGGUGUUUCAGGAGCUGAAGAUUACUUCAAAAAUCUAGAAGAUGAUCUAAUAGACAAUCGUGUAUACGGGUCCCUCUUGAAUGCAUAUGUACACUCAAGAAAAAAAGAAAAAGCCGAAUCUUUAUUGCAAGAAAUGAAGAAAAAACGCUAUGCAAACCAUGCACUUCCAUAUAAUGUGAUGAUGACACUCUACAUGAACCUUAAAGAAUACGAAAAAGUCGAGGAAUUUAUUCAAGAAAUGAUGCAAAAAGAGAUAGAUUUGGAUUUAUAUUCUUAUAGUAUUUGGAUUUCUUCACGUGGGUCUCAAGGGAAUGUGAAAAAGAUGGAAGAAGUGUUUGAAAGAAUGAAACUUGAUGUGAAUGUGAAACCAAAUUGGACUACCUAUAGCACUCUUUCUACUGUUUACAUUAAGCUUGGAGAGAUUGAAAAAGCUGAAGAUUGUUUAAGACAGAUUGAAAACAAGAUUACAGGGCGUUAUCGAAUUCCUUAUCAUUAUCUUUUGAGUCAUUAUGGAAGUAUUGGAAAAAAGGAAGAAGUUGAAAGGAUUUGGGGGACUUAUAAAACGGUUUUUCCAUAUAUACCCAACAUGGGUUAUCAUGCAGUGAUUUCAUCUUUUAUAAGAAUGGAUGAAAUUGAAGAAGCUGAGAAUCUUUAUGAGGAAUGGCUUUUAGUGAAGACAACUUAUGAUGCAAGAAUUGGGAAUCGGUUAUUGGGUUGGUAUAUUCGAAAAGGGUAUUUGGAAAAAGCCGAAUCUUUUUUCAAAGAAAUGUUGGAAAAUGGGAAGGCGAAUUCAAGUUCAUGGGAGAUUAUUGGUGAAGGGCAUAUUGGGAAUAGGAGGCUUUCUGAUGCGUUGUCUUGUUUUCAAAAGGCACUUUCACAUGAAGAAUCACGGUUUUGGAAACCGAAACCUGUAAAUAUUGUGUCUUUUUUAAAGAUUUGUGAGGAAGAAAAAGAUGAAAAGAGCAAAGAGGCGUUUUUUAAAGUUUUGAGGGAUUCGGGUGUUUUUGAAGAUGAAACUUUUAUGUCAAAGUUACCUUCUUUUAAAGAUGAUGAUUAUGAAGAAGGUGAUACAUUUCUAAACGAGUUGCAGGGUAGUUUGUAAAGGGUAUAUUUGGAAAUUCACAACGGUUUUCCCGUUUUACUCUUAAUGUAGUAAAUUUGUUCUAAGGUAAGGUGUUACAUGUUGUACCUUACUAGAAUUGUAUUUGGAAAUCUUAAGGUCUUAUUCAUAGCUUUUUCUUUGCA